GGGGAUAUUGCUCACGCUGAGAUACGCAUUGAAGUGAUUUGGAGAUACAAGCUGAAGAACCUCUCUAUUUCUCUCUCUCUCUCUCUCUCUCUCUCUCUCAUUUAUUUCUUACCUCUCUCCCUUUAUCCCUCCCCAUGGGAAAGUUAAAGAAAGCGAAAGCAGAAGCUCUGUUUUAAGGUAAAGCCACCACAAUUAGUCUGACUGUAGGUCUGCUGCAGCUAUAGAAACUGAAGCAAUAGCCGGUAACCUUAGUAACUGAGUGGAUUACCAGACGCAUCAUGUGGACCCAGUCAGGAUACUGCCAUCACUUCCCCGGACAUCCCUUCUACCAUGCACCCUCCUGCAGCCAUAACCAGAGGACCACGUCGUUCCGGCACCCCGUGACGGGACAGGUUUCUCAGGAGAACGUGGAUUUUAUCCUCCAAGAACAGCCAGGUGGCCGCAUGUCCAACCCCCAGCAGGCCGACUUGCGGCUUUCCAGCACCAUCAGCGAGGCUUCCACGGCCAUUACCUCCUCCACUGUGGACACCGCCUCGGGGUCAAAGGGCUCCAGGUCCAGUGGGAGGGUGCUACAUUUUGGGAAGCGAGAGCAGUCCAUCAAGAGGAACCCCAAUGUCCCAGUGGUGGUUAGAGGAUGGCUCUACAAACAGGACAGCUCUGGGAUGAGGCUUUGGAAGAGGAAGUGGUUUGUGUUGGCUGACUACUGUCUGUUCUACUACAAAGACAGUAGGGAGGAGUCAGUCCUGGGUAGCAUUCCUCUGCCCAGCUAUGUCAUCUCAGCCGUGGAGCCUGAAGACCAUAUCAUCCGCAAGUACGCCUUCAAGGCUAGCCACACGGGCAUGCGCUCGUACAUUUACAACCGGAGCUCUGUGAUUGGCUCACAGGCAGAGCACAGCGGCAUGCGGACCUACUUCUUCAGCACCGACACACAAGAAGACAUGAAUGGCUGGGUGAAGGCCAUGAACCAGGCGGCGCUGAUGCAGAACCACACCGCCAGCCUCAAGAGACCGUCGGAAACAUUGGAGAAAUCGGAAAUGCCCAGCGUGUCGGAACGCCAGGCAGUACCCCAAACCAACCACGUCAACAACUACGCCGAGACCGCCCCCCAACCCCCAGUCGACCUCCAUCUCCAUAGUGAUGGGGUGGUCCUCCAACCGGCCGACAUCCACCAAGAAACCGAGGAGCACUGUAGCUUCUGGAACGACACUCCCAAUCCCAUUGCUCCCGAAAUUCCCCUUGGAGGCGGGAACGUGGAAAUUGAAAUGGACACCGUCCCUCCUAGCAGUCUCCCUCCCCUCCCCAACCUUACGCCAUACUCAGCCUCCUCACCCACAUCCGCACCCCCGUCCAGGGAGCAAUUGCGCGCCCCGUCGUGCGCCGCCUCCACCCUACCCCCCGGGGCCUGUCUGAGGAACGGGACACCCACCCUGGAGCCCAACGGGAUGGGGACGGGGACGUACCAGAGGGCCCCCCUGCCCCCCCAGGUGAUGGACACUCACAGGCAGGUGCAGAGGAGGAGUGCCCUGGAGCAGGUGGAACACUGGGUCAAGGUGCAGAGGGCCGAGCACAAAGGCCCCCCCUCUAGAGGGAGCACCCUGCCCCGCCACACCCCUCCGACCCAGCCCAAGUUCAUCAGCCUGGAGGCCUACCAGACACUGCCAAAGACCCCACGCCACAGCCCCCCCACGGCUGCACGCCACGGGGAGUACAAAUACGCCCAGGACCGCCUUAGCCACUUCCGCCUCGGACCCCCGGACUCCCAGGGCGGUGGCGCCAGGGACGGGGGUAGCAUCGGUGGGCCUGGCACCGUGUGGCAGCUGUAUGAGUGGCAGCAGCGCCACCAGUUCCGCCAUGGCAGCCCCACCGCCCCCCUCUACACUCCUGCCCCGGACUACCCCUUCGGGCCCCGGCCGCCCUCCACGGUCCCCCCCUCUGCCCCACGGCCCAGCUCCGAGGUGCCCCGCUGUGUGUCGGUACCCCCUGACCCCUCUGACAUCCCCCCACUGGGACCCCCGCGGGGCUCCAGGGCCCUGUCCCCCCUGCGGAGGCCCCACACGCCUGCUGACCGGGUGGUGGUAAUGCCCCUGGGAGAGAGGCCCGUGCUGGAUGUGCCAGUGGCUGGGUCCCCACGGAGAACCAAGUCUCAGCUGUUCAAUGCUGCCACAAUUGACAAACGGUCCAUGCCUCCCUCCGGCUACAUCACACACACGGUCAGCGCUCCCAGCCUUCACGGGAAAACGCCUGAGGAACUCACCCUCCUGCUGAUUCAGCUCCGGAGGCAUCAGGCAAAGAUGGCCGCCGCGCGCCACCACACGCUAACCCAGCUACAGCACUUCAACUACAGCCCCUCUGGCCCUCACCUCCGCGCCACCAACAACAACCCCCUCUUCUCCUCUGGCCUUUCUUCUCUGGGGUCCUUACUAGGCCCCCCAGGCCCCAUGGGCCACGGCAGCAGCAGCCAGGUGUGGGCCCCCAGUACACCUGGCCUUCUUUACCCCACUGAUGUUGACGAUACUUACAUGCAACUGAAGAAGGACCUGGAGUAUCUAGACUUGAAGGUGGUUGGAAGUCAGACGUUGAAAGAAGCAACAAAACCUGUCAAAAUAGCCGAGAGUGACGUCGAUGUGAAACUCAGUGGACUAUGUGAGCAGGACAAGACCCUGAAGGAACUGGAGGUCCGGAUCAGCUCUCUGAAGGACGAUAAGGACAAGCUGGAGUCGGUUCUGGACCUGUCCCGCCAACAGAUGGAGCAGUACAGAGACCAGGCGGCCCACCUGGAGAAGAUAGCCUACCAGCAGAGACUCCUACAGGAGGAUGUGGUGCACAUCAGGGCCCAGAUCUCCAGGGUGUCCACGGAGAUGUCCCGGGCCUGGGAGGAGUACAGCAGGCUGGAGAGCUCAGUGGAAAAGCUGAGGACCGCGCUGCAGACCACCAUGAACUACAGCGCCACCCCUCAGCGGGAGAAAACUGAGAUAAAGCGGGAGCUGUGGAGAAUCGAGGACGUGAUGGCAGGGCUGAGCGCCAGCAAAGCCAACUACAAGAUCACCAUCGACUCAGUGCAGAACCCAGAGAGGAAACUAGUGCCUUCAGUGUUGGACCCUGCAGCACCCUCCCAAUACCCUGCACCCCCACUAGGGGAGGUUACGCCCCCUCCUCUCAGCUCCUACAAACUGCCUCACAACCCUGUGCCAAAGUGGGCAGAAGACGAAGCUCCUCCCAGGCCGCCCCUGCCCCACCUCUACGACUAUGAAGACCCGCCACCCGCCAUCCCACCCCUCCCCAAAGAGGCAUCAGCGGUCGUAAGACAUACGUCGGUUCGAGGGCUCAAACGCCAGUCAGACGAGAGGAAAAGAGACCGUGAGAUCGGAGGGUGUGUCAACGGAGACUGUAAGGUGGAGCUGCGGUCGUACCUCAGUGAACCAGAGCUGCCGGGGAUGGGCCGGAGCAGCACAGGGUCUGAGGGGGGCUACCAGACCCUCCCAAACAAAGGUCUGUCAGGCUCAUCGUCGAGGCUGAACCAGUCCAGUAACAUCUCCUCCUAUGUGACCCUGAGGAGAGGGGCGGCCGGCUCUGCAGGGAGGGAGAGACCUAGGAGUGCCUUGGAGCAGCUGUACUCUUCCGACCAGCAGCCCCAGUCUCUGGCCCAGGCCCCCCGGGGCCGCAUGAGUGCUGAGGAGCAGCUGGAGCGUAUGAAGAGACACCAGAGGGCCCUGGUCCGCGAGCGCAAGAGGAACCUCAGCCAGGGAGAACGUCACUCCACUACCACCACCCAUCGUUCCUCCUCCUCCACCAGGCCUCUCUCCUCCACUGACCUGGGCUCAUGGAGGCGAGAGCAGCAUGACUUAGACUUGCAGCAGAAGCAGAGAGCUCAGGUGGAGGAGCGACAGGGUGCCGAGGGCCAGAGCGACGAGGGGCGUAGAGAGCUGAAGGAAAGGGAGAGGAUCCAAUCAGAUGAGUGGCUCACGGUGAUGGCCACGCCCAUGAGGGAGACUGACCUGGAGCCCCUUGACUACGACCUGGACCUCAGUCGUGAGCUGUCCAAGCCCCAGAAGGUGCCUAUCUCAGAGCGCUAUGUGGAGUCAGACCCCGGGGAGCCUCUGAGCCAGGAGGAGAUGGAGGAGCGUCAACGCAGAGCAGCACGCAUCAAAAACAUCCUGGCCAAAUCCAAUGUUCAGAACAUACAUCCGUCGUCUGGUGUGGCUGUCCCACUGGACUUUACUGAUCUGGACCUAGCCAUGCAGCAGCAGGAGAGGAUCAUGAAUGUGUCCCACGCCUUGGCCUCUGAAGCCUCCAUCAAGAGCAAGCAGUUCACAGCCAAAGCUCAGCUGAGUGCUGACUGACCGUUGACUCACAGACGCCAAGGCACGGACAGGACAUCCGUGGAUGAAAAUAGUUUGGAGUUGAUGGGCAAAGAAUUUAACACUAAUCAUUUUCAGCAAUUAAUGCCAGAGUGAUUUGUUUUAGAAUACUUUUUAUUGGAGUUAAAACGAGAUGCAUAAUGUUUUUUUUAAAGAACCAAAAGGAGUUAUUCGAAACUCAAAAAGAGCAUUGAAACUGUGCGUGUACCUAAUGUUAAGUUUGAAUUGGAGUUGUGUUUUGCACUUUUAUGGAAUGUUGUGUGUAAUUAUUAACACUACUAGUUUUUGCAAUAGAUAAUCAUUAGCUGUGUUUUUGCAGUGUGGCCUAUAUUUCUAAAUAAAUAGGUUCUAAGCAAUAUUUUAUAGGUCGUCGAGAGGGAAAUGUAAUGAUGACAUGAAUCAUAUAUUAUAUUUUAUUUUGAGUAAUGAAAGACAAUCUUGCACCAAAUUGUACCCUUUGUAGCUCAGCACUGCCAUGUAAUGCUUUUUCCAAUCAACAGUAUUGUAUUAUGUGUAAUUUAAAAGGGAAAGAAACCAUAAUGGUGUUUUUAUGGAAAUAAAUGUUUUAACAAAACA